CGACUGUCCCCGACUGAACCGGCGCGCUGAGACAAAGAACCACAUACAGGAGACCGGAGUGGAAACAUUCACGCAUGUCACCGACGACCCGCAGACACGUCCAUGUGCUGAAGCCAGAUGGUGCCAUUGAGUCGAUUGAAGGCCUCAUCUGCUACUUGGAGCAGCAUGGACGCGCAACUUGAGAACGAGACCUUCCGUGGCGCUACCUUCCUCCUCAGGUGCAAGGAGAACCUCUGCAGCAGUGACCCUAAAACUGGUAGCAGUUGCGACGAGGACGCUAGUGUGCGACGCGAGCGACAGUUGACUCCUAAUGAGAAGAAAGACGAGUUCUACUGGGCCAGACGGAGGAAAAACAACGAGGCGGCCAGAAGGUCCAGGGAGAAGCGUCGAGCCAAUGGCCAGGUGCUGGAGAGGCGGAUCCUGAGUCUGCUGCAGGAUAACGCCAGCCUGAGAGCUGAACUGUUGGCCCUUAAAUUCCGAUUUGGUUUGGUCAAGGGAACACCUGAGGGGCUUCUCUCACCUCUUCCAAUUCACACACAACCGCAGACCUUCAACGCUCUCAGAGGCUCCUCCCCCGUGGAUGAGGAAGCCCUUUCUGUCACAGAGCAGGAAGAUGUCACGACCCCUCCUGAGGUGCAUGGGAGACUAAGAAGUCUUCCACACAAGCUUCGCUUCAAAGCACCAGGAGGGGACGUGUCUUCAUGUUCCAGCCGAAGACAGAGAGGACCACCUGUCGCCACGGCGGGACCUAACUUCCAGCAGACAGGCUGGGAGGCUCCAUCAGACGGGCCCAGGGAGCAGUGCCCGAACCUGACGUAUCACUCCAACAGAGGUCCAGACUGCCAGUGUCAGAGCCUGCAGACUCAGCUCACUGGUCUCUCUCAGGAAGUGACCCAGCUCAAGAGGCUUCUCUCUCAGCAGCUGCUCACCAAAAUGCCCUCAAUCUGAGGCCGCCUCGCCGUGCAGGCUGAUGCUGUGACUCACUCUGCUCAGGAGUUUCCCGAUUGGCAAGAACAAGACUCGGGCCUUGAAACCAGUUCCACAGUCAAAACCAAGUAUAUUUCCAUAGGUUGGGCAUUAACUAUGCAACUGGACUUUGAGUUUGUUUAAGAUGUGCCUUUUGUCUUGAAUACGUAAGGCCAAUAAAGGUGAAUGAUU